AUGCGAGACGCUCGCUGGCAUCUGCUCUCCCGCAAGAGAGCCACCACGCGUGCGAUCGCUCCUAGGUACUCCGGGGCGGGGGUGUUUGCACCGCGCAGACUCUGGUUUUUGGCCGAGAGAGUAAAAGUGUGUGGAAAAAACCGCGGAUGGUCUGAUUUUCUUUCACGGAAAGGAAGUUCAGCUGCGGCGUGCUGUCGUAAGUGGGUUGUCUCGAAGAAGUAUCGCAAAAAAAGCUGCAAAAGCUCGAGGAGGAACGGAGACGCGCGACUUCAUCCGGGGGUGCUUUCUCGGUCGCAUGUUCUGGUCGGUGGCGACCAGACGAGUGGAUUUCUGCGAGGAGGGGUGGUAGUGUUUUUGUGUCAAGCAGAAGAAGUUUCACGAUAUUCGGAAAAAACCGCUUUCUUCUCCCAGGUCUUUCGCGGAAGACUCGGUUCGCUGUUGCGCAACCGACGCUCGCGGUUUUCCUCGACGCUCUUGUCCCCCAAAAAAGGUUUUUGUUGGUGACAGGCGUCGUUUGAAUCCCCUGUCUCGCGCCCGUGCCUCGGCUCUCGAAUCCUCGGUUUUUCAUCCACGGUUUCAUUUCUCGGGAGACUGUGAAGCAGAUGUGAGGUCGUCGAUUCAGUUGUUUUUUGACUCCGAAAAGGCGGACAUGUCGCAACAGUUUCGUCUUUUACACACGACGUUCCGUAAUUCGUAAAGAAGACAUUCAAGGUCUGAAUCAGUCGUCCAACUCGCAGUCUCAAAUCCGCGGCGGAGAAAGCGUCUACACACUCUGGGAGAGUUAAUCCUGAGACGCCGCCGGCGCUUCCAUGUCGGCGCACCUCUCUUUUAUCACUGAACAAGACGGUCGCCUCUCCGGACAAACUGACGUCACUGUCACAGUUUCCACUCGUCGCUCCGUCUUUCUCUGACUUCGUCUCUUUGGUCUUUCCGGGUUGGAAGAUGAUUAUGCAAAUCGCCUUUUCGCCAAUCUCUUCCUUUCCGGCUGUCCAUUUCUGGAUUUGCAACAAGUAUUGUAUGCAGAUGCGUCCCGAGAGAAACUCUCCGUCGACGUCCGCGCCUCGGCAACCCCUUCUCUGACGGAGCUGUGGUCUCUCUGCUGUCCUGUUCUCCGAGCGGCGGGUGUCUUCGCUUCCGCGUUUUGCGUCAGGAAAUCCUCUCGUUUUCGUUUCUUCACCUUGUCUUCUUCUGUCUGAUGUUCCCAGAGUUCCCCUGUACUGUCUUUUCUUGGCAGGUCGUACGCCUUUGCAGACCCUGAAUACCCGCUUGCGUCCUUCUGUCUCUCAAAUCCUCGAUUCUGGUGUAUGCCUGCUUUCUAGAACUCCGAGGCCUUCAUUACUUUUCUUCGUUUACAAGCCGUUUGUUUCUCUUUUCUGUGUGGAGCUCUGGGGGUCGCGUAAAUGCGGGCGUGUGCACAUUUCCCGCGAUGCCUCUGCUCUUGGGCGUCUCCCGAGCGACCGUCGGUUGCGCCUCGCAGUGGCGUGGCAGUCCUUGGUCUUCGUCGUUGAUUUCGGUGUUUCUCGAUUCUCACGCUUUUCUUUUACGGUCUGAGGGAAUAAGUGAACCCAAAUAAACACUCGUGUCGGACAGAAGUCUAAAACAAGCCCCAGCGCGCAAGCAACGGAGACAAAGCUUUCGACGUUCCGAGGUGCUCUCUACGCCGUCGACCUCGACUUCGAUCCAGGUCUUCACGUGCGGUUCUUCCGGGCGCUCGGCACAGCGCUUCGGGCGUUUCCGAGCUUCUUUUCUCUGCGGACUCUGGGUCUUUGCGAGGUCCCGUUCGCGGGGCGCCUGC